AAAUUCGGACCAUUCUUUGUCCGAUUUAAACACGAUUGAAGACAAAUAGUGGGCCCCAGUAACGAACGAGCUACCGAACGAAACCCAUCGACUUCCCAAGAAUGAGUGGAAUGCAAUCCACUGCUGUGGGUGCAAGUCCCUUUCCACCCAAGGAUACCAUCAUCAUUGCGACUGCACCACCGCCGGAACCACCAAAGCCAUCUGUUACCUUUAAUAACCGAGGAUACUUUGCCAAAUUCAAUAGACAAAAUAAUGUAUCUUGUGCAGUUGUCUGUUUAAUGGUCUAUGGCGGAAUGGAUAUGGCCGCCAGUUUGGGUUGGAACGAGACCUUCAACAUCCUCUUGUUUACGGAGUACUCGUACUGUUGGUUUAUAGGGGUAGUCAUUGGAGCGCUGGCCGCUACUCUCACCUUGAAUUUCCUGCCCAAGCAGGUCUAUUAUGUCUUUGGAGCUCUGAUGCAACUUACUGGCUCCAUUAUUUUCACUGCUGUGCCUGCAGAUUACUCUGCCUGCCUUGCAGCCCGCUAUGUGGCAGGAUUGGGUAUUGGCCUUAUUACGGUUCCCUUCCUCAUUCACAACGCUGAGGUAGCAGGUAACAACGGUCGAGGGAUAAACGGUGCGUUUGAGCAGUUCGGCCUGGCCAUGGGAAUCUUCAUCGAAGUGGUGUACACCACUGAGUGGGCUUCCAUAGUUGAAGCCACACCCAACGAGAUUCACGGAAUUGUAGGGAUUAUAUUCUCCCUGUUCGGCCUGGCAUUGACUGCCCUGUCGAUAGAAUCGCCAAUCUUUUAUCUACGUCGGAACCAGCAGAGUUUGGCACGCCAGAGCCAGGAGAAACUUCUUAGUCAUGCCCCCGCUGGUGUUAAUGCAGCUCUUGAGGAGGCUAAGAUCUACGUGGCGGAGAGCGAAAACCGGACCAUGGGUGAGGAGCUGGUGGCCUCGGCGAUGCCCUUUCUGAAGAUGCUAUUCUUCCGGUGCUUCGUUGCAUUUACCUUCUCCCUACCGCUAACCAUGUCGAUCAUAUCGAGCACCGCAAUAGCGCAGGAAUCUCUUAGUGCUUGGCCAAUGUACGUGUUUGCUAGUCUCCGCUUGUUUGGAACCCUGGUGGCGCUAUUCCUCCCAGACACAGUGGGUCGCAAGGCGGUGUCACUGGUGGGCCUGCUCGUAUUGGCCGGACUAAUGCUGGGCCUAGCCGGUAUUUAUUCCAAUGUGGAGAAUACAUUAGACUGGUACUACAUGACCCAGGCUUGCAAUAUCGGGAUGGCAAUCCAGGCAUUCGCCGGACUCUUCAUCUGCAGUACACCGGUAUAUAUGGGUGAGGCUUUCCCCAUGCGGGUCAAGUCGUUCCUGGUCGGUGUAAUUGUCAUAAUGGAGCAGAUCAUCCAUGUCAUAGUCAUAGCCUGCGUAAGCUCUGCUCAAGGCCAGAAUAUAUAUUUCCAGUAUUUCCUCGUGGGCAUUAUCAUGAUGGUGGGCGUGAUCUUCUUUGCAGUUUCCAUGCCAGAAACAAAGAAAAUGACGUUGCGAGAAGCUGGCCAUCGAUUCCAGAAGUGGUACGAUAUAAGGAUCUACUAGGCGUUAGGAUCCACACUCAUUAUAUAAUAUUAUUUGUUUAAAUUUUUGUUUGUUGAUAUUGAUAUAGGUUAAUAAAACUAGUUUUGUAAACAGA